ACGUAUGUGUGUAUGUGUGAGUGUGUGCGUGUAUGAGUGCGAUUGAGAUUCUAUAGAGACUUUUUUUUUUUUUUUAAAUUAUACACACUUCAGCUUCAUCGUCCAUCUGUCGCUUGGAGUAAGAUUAAGAUUGAUUUUACCCAUCUGGAUUUUAACAACGUUUUUGAGGAAGAAUGUGACUGUCGCUGAUCAAUUCAACACAAUACAGGAAUUAAAUAGUUACAUUUAAUUAAAUUACCUUCAUCAGAGUAAUGGAUGUUUAGACCAAGUUAUGAGACUUUUCUUAUUUUAACUUUAAACAGAUCUGUUCCCUUCUGCACGGGGAUCUGCUGUUGUUUUGGCACUGGGAACUCAUGAUCGUUGUUUAUUUGUGUUUCAGCAUGAGUUUGUUUGCAUGGAGCUGAACAUCUCUGAAUAGACUCAUUGACUGUUCUUAGAAAGAGCUGAUCAAUCCAGAGUUUAUAUGUCAGAUAUGUAUCUGUAAUUUAAAGAAGUGAUCUUAAACAAAGCUGAGAACAAUCAAGGAGAGACAGAAUGCUGAAGACCCUUACUAAAAAACUCAGAAGACACUCUCUAAACGAGAUCCAUCCUUUUCAACUAAAGAUUUCCUACCAUGGCAGUGAGGAAGGGGGAGAGAGUGAAGACUCAGAAGGCGAAAACCAAGAGUUGGCACAGAUUGACAGAGAGCGCCGGCGGAACUGUGCCUUGACCCCUCUAGCCACUAGCCAGCAGCACAAUCAGGGCAUUCUUUCUCCCGCCCACUUACGCCGUCUCCGUUUACUCCUGGACCCAAUUUUGGACCAUCACAGUUCUGAAGAGGAGCUGGAGCGCAUUGCAGGAGCCACAGCAACCGAAGGGGGCCGAAAGUGGCACAGACAUGGUGACAUGAGCAGCGCCUCUAGUGACGAGGAGGUGAAGGACCUGUGUGGGCCAAAUGAGUCGGCGGCUGGACCCCGCUUGAGCGCCACCUCUCCUAGCCCCGUUCUCUUCAGCUCCUCCCCUCCUCGAGCUCUCAAGCCUUCCCACACCCCAGCCCGCCUCCCUGUCAGGCCCAUCAUUCUCAGCCACUUUGAACAACCUUCAAUGCCUUACUGGCGGCACCGGCCCGCUUACACAGGUGAACCCGGUCGCCCAAGCUUGGACCUGGAGAAAAUGCAGCAGAAAAUGCUUCUCAAAAAGAACUGUGGAGGGAAAACAAGAACUAUCAAGAUUCGGAACCUGAGUGGUGGUCGUCAUGCACCCCGAUACUCCUACGAUCCAUCCAUCUUCGCUUUCCGCCCUCUGAGCAAUGCUCCGCCCUGCAGCCCCCUGCUCCCUGCUGAGGAACCUCCAUGUGCUUGAGGGAAAGGACUGGAAACUCUCAGAGACAAAACAUCACAAAUUUGUGGACCAAAAAUUCCCAACAUAAAGACAAUGUAUCUUUGCAUUGCCUUUUAUUUUGCAGGAUAUUAGUGUGAACAAAGGCCCUGUGAUAAGGCCUGUUGACAAAACAGGAAGUGUGAUCAGAGCCAGAAUGUAGGAGAGGAAUGAGGAGACGGCAACCUUUUGCCUUUAGCCGUCUCAUCCUCUCUAUCUCUCAGGAAACCCACUUAGAACUAUUAUAAUGACAAGGCCAUGACCACUGCGCUAUCUAUAAAACCACAACCAAAUGGUUUGGUUUCUCUGAUGUGAGGAGGGAUUGGUCAAUGGAUAGCAUAGAUAAUGUCUUACAAUUGGGCCACAUGGUAAUGUUGAGACCAAUCGGAUUGUGAUUAAAAUGUAAGACCAUAUUUUGGCUGCAUUUCGUUUAGACAGUUAAAUGUCAUAAGACAAUCAGUUUGAUGCCAGAAUAGGCCUUAAUGAAUCUUUGAUAAAGUCAAGUUUUUCAAUUUAUAAACAGUGUAAACCGGAAAGCUAACAAUCAGAUAUAAUUACAACACAGGCCAGAUAUUCCAAGUCAUUGUUCAAAUUCAGAUGUUAUGUAAGUCUGACCAUAACAAUGUAUCAGUAAUGAGAGCUGAUUAUCUGAUCUGUACUCCAAAGUAAUGAAAUCUUAAGCAAAGAAUGAGGAAAAAAAAUACUAUUCUAGAAUCUUUCAACAUCAUAUAUUAAACAUGCGCCUUACUAUGUAGCAUACUCAGUACUAUGUACCUAAAUACAAUGACUUUUACCAUCAAUAUCUAGUUUAGUAAAUGUUGUGACACUGUUUGAACACACCAAGGAUGAAAUCAUUACACACAGUGGCUGAAUGGAAUACUAGCAUACUGCAUACUGCAAAAUACAUAUUAUAUUGUGUACUAUUGAAAAAAAUACAUAUAACAUGAAACAGGAUACAUUAUACUUACAGCAAAUGUUUGAAAAAGUAUGUUGUUUAUAUUGGGGUGGAAGUUGGUUUCAUUCAUUCAUUUCUGGGGAAAAAAAAUCUAGUUUAUUAAUCACACUGGAAAUAGAAGGUCAAGUCAAAACAAUGUGUAUUGUGAGAUGCAGUAUUUUCCAGAAAAUGUGCAUAAUGUUCACGCUAUACAAACAUACAGCAGAAAUAGUAAGAUGAGUACGCUAGUAUACUUUUCCAUCCUUCAGAUGUGUAGAAAAUUAAGUACAGAACUUGACAUGUGAUUUAAAAUAUGGACAGCAGGAAUCCUAUCCAUGCAGUAUAUUUCAGAACCAGUCCUUCUGAGGAUUUUGAUUGUGGAUGUAAUGUACGUAGCAGCAUACUUCAAUACUUUUUACUGAAUGUAAACUGCAGUUGUAACCCGUGUAAGGGUCGAUAAGCUAGGCCAACCAGAGGGUGAACAAUAAGGACAAUUACUCGUAGUUGUUGUUUCACCUAGGUGUUAUGUGUAUCUAUGUGAAACAAAGACAAUAUUUUUGAAAUAUAGCUAUAGGGGCAUAUAGUACAGUACAUGCUUGCAACAUGUGAAACUUUGUCCUUUUCUGUCUCUAUGCCUCAAAUGAGGGGAAUAAAUGUUUCUUCCCAGUU